GUAAGAUUGUUAUUAUCACGAGAUUGAGUUCAAAUUAAGAAGUUUAAUAGCUAAAAUUGUUAUUAUCACGAGGUCGGGUUCAAAUCUCAUUGAAACAAUUCAAAUUAAAAGAGUGACAAAAUAUCUACAAAGUCAAAGUCAAUGUCCUGAAAUACUGUCACAAAGACUCAACCACAUCCCCACUCAUCAGUUGACUAGAUUGAGGACAGCAAACUCCCAUUGAGAUUGCGAUCAAUGAGCAUCAUUAUCUAUCCAUCAAAGUCAAUGGAUUAAUCCCAUUACCACCAUUGAAAUUGACUAUCUUUUCUCAUUCUUUCUACAUCUGCACAUCAAUUCUAGUACUAGGUUCUUGUGUCAUUCUCUUUAUUAAAGACCUGGUACCCACAAGCUUAACCAAAGCAAGUAAACCAUGCUCAUGGCUACCAGGUUCAGACAAUGCCUCCUGCUCUUGGCAUUCUUGAGCUUCUUCCUUCUAUCUUUCUCCUCCUCAUCAUCUUGUCCUGUGUAUCAAAAGCAAUCCCUUCUUGAGUUUAAGUCAAUCUUGCUCAAUGCUACAAAUACUAACACUUCUUCAUCAGCUGAAACCUCCACUUCUGGAUUAUUAGAAUCAUGGAAUUCGGGUUCAGAUUGUUGCAAAUGGGAUAGAGUAAUAUGCUCUACAAGACGGCCAUUCAUGGUGGUUCAGCUGCAGCUGGAUUCUCUAGUAUCACAGUAUGCUUCGGAACAGCCUGUGGUGGUUUCUUCAUCAGUUUUGGCUCCCAUUUUUCGUAUUACCUCAUUGAUGCUGCUUGACAUCUCUUCAAAUAGUCUUCAGGGUGAAAUCCCUGCUCAGGGCCUGGCUAAUCUCACCAGAUUGGUGCAUCUUGACAUGAUGCAGAACAACUUCAGUGGCACCAUUCCCGUGCAAAUUUAUCACUUGAGAUACCUCAGCUAUCUCGACCUGAGUGGUAAUUUGUUUUCGGGUUUCUUGAGUCCUGAAGUAGGAAAUCUAAGAGGCCUCACCACAUUGAAGUUGGACAGCAACUCUCUUAGUGGAAAUAUCCCUGACGAGAUUGGAAACCUGACGAUGUUGCGUGAAUUUACACUUGGCAGCAAUGGCUUCUCUGGUGGAAUCCCAUUGUCAUUGUUCAACUUGACACAAAUUCAAGUUCUGGAUUUGAAAGAUAAUCAAUUUUCACAGCAGAUUCCGACAGAAAUUGGGCGCUUGUCUAACCUUUCUACUUUGGCUUUGAGCAAAAAUAAGUUCACAGGUGGAAUUACCUCGUUGUUACAGAAUCUAACAAAGUUGGAAAGCCUCAUCCUUGAAGACAACUUGCUUGAGGGAGAAAUACCAUCUUGGCUGUUCAACAUUCACACCCUCAAUAUUUUGCUUCUUGGAGGGAAUGCAUUGACCUGGAAUAACAAUAACUCCAGAAUAGUACCUAAGUUUAUGCUAUCCCAGCUCUCACUACAAUCAUGUGGUUUAAAAGGCGAAGUCCCCCAGUGGAUUUCAUCACAGAAAUCUCUUGUUUACUUGGAUUUGAGCAAGAACGAGCUUAAUGGAACUUUUCCACUUUGGCUAGCAGAGAUUGACCUCGGAACCAUUAUUCUCUCGGAAAACAACCUUACAGGUUCUCUCCCUCCUCGUCUCUUUCAAUCCUUGAGCUUAUCAAUCCUAGAUCUGUCACGUAACAAUUUCUCAGGCGAGUUACCGAAAAAUAUUGGUGAUGCUAGGGCAAUCAUGGUUCUUAUGUUGGCUGGAAACAACUUCUUUGGGCCGAUCCCUAGCUCCAUCUCUAAUAUUUACCGCCUUCUCCUCUUGGACCUAUCAAAAAACAGGUUUUCUGGUAACACCUUUCCGGCAUUUGGUCCUUUGCUUGGAUAUGUGGAUCUGUCAUCUAAUGAAUUUUCAGGUGAAAUUCCGGUGACCUUCUCUGAAGAAACCAGAAUUUUGGCUUUAGGAAACAACAAAUUCUCUGGAGACUUGCCUCAGAACCUUACCAACUUGAGUAAACUUGAACACCUUGAUAUCCAUGACAAUAGGAUUGGAGGGGCAUUUCCAAAUUCCAUAACUGAAAUUUCAACACUUCAGAUAUUGAUCCUGCGAAACACAUCCCUCCAAGGUCCUAUACCAACCACUAUAUCCAAACUCAAUGAUCUUCGAAUUCUUGAUCUGUCGAGUAAUCAGCUCACAGGAAGCAUUCCAAAUGAACUAGGCAAACUCACUGGGAUGAUUGACACUCCCACUAAAAUUGCAUCCAUUCCUGAUGUCUUCACUUUCUCAAUUCAGUAUACUGAGUUAAUCAUAAACUGGAAGAGAUCAGUUCAAGCGCUGUCAUCUAAUCCAAGUAUUGAUAUAUACUCUUUGCUGGACCUGUCAAAGAACCAACUUUCAGGCGAAAUUCCAGCUUCAUUAGGUGAUCUCAAAGGCUUAAAAUUACUGAACGUAUCCUUUAAUAGUUUGUCGGGAGAAAUACCAUACAGCUUUGGUAACCUAGAGAAUUUGGAAAGCUUAGACAUGUCACACAAUGAUCUCUCCGGUGCAAUCCCACAAUCAUUUGAAAAGUUGCAACAACUCACAACUUUGGAUGUCAGCAACAAUUACCUGAAAGGUCCAAUCCCCUCUGGUGGCCAAAUGGAUAGAAUGAACGAUCCAAAAGAUUUUGCUAACAACAGUGGGUUAUGUGGGCUGCAAAUACGGUUCCCUUGUCCAGUAGAGACAUCAUCUUCGCCGACUGCACAACAAAAUGAGAUAACAGAGUCAAGGUUUUCAUGGGAAGGAGCCUGGGCUGGAUUCCCAGUUGGGUUUUGCAUUACGGUUUUUAUCAUAUUUGUAUGUGGUUGGUUUCCAUCAAGGGCCUUUGCCCCAACUCGUGGCAGCAGCCUCCAGAGAAAGCCUACCCCUAGUAGGACUAGAUCCAUAUAGAAUCCUAGAUAAUGUGAUGGAUGCAUGUAAAUACUAAAUAGUAAAGCAUAAGGAGAAACUUCAACUGGAAGCUCAGCCUCAAUAUUGUAGUUACAGCCAAAUGGAUAUUUCACUUCAUAUAUAUAGAAGUAAUGGAAUCUAAUUAGCAUUUUUCUGAAUGUAAUAUUGCAUUUGGAAAGAUCCUUGGAGAAAGUUUUCAUUAAAAGGCGUAGAUCAGGUUCACAGAGACAUUGCCCAAUUAAAGAACCAGAAAGUCGAGCUCCAGGGAGCAAGUCCUGAAUUCGAAAACCUAGGAGUAGCAGUCCACGGGCGUUUUCAGUUGCCAUACAUCCAGCUGCUAGUGGUACACUGAACUGAUUUACAGUAGAGCAGAAUUCUAUUCCUUUUAAGCCUAAAUCAUCUCCUUGGUCUUCUUACAUGAGAGGUUGAAACAUGCAGCAUAUAACUGUCGCAGGGAUCUUUUCCAAUGCAUUUGUGUAAAUAAAGAAAUAAGCAUAUAUGCUAAGCAAAAUCUCUGAAAUCACAACCAUAUAACAGGCAAUCUGGUUUUUGAUAACAACAUACCUAAUCAGAAGUUGCUGCCUAUCUGCAAUGAGCUUUUGCUGGUGUUAUUUCUGGAAUGAGCUUUGUUUUGAUAGGAUCUGAUAUGAUCAUCCUUUCGACGAAGUAGCUAUCAAUAGCAUGCCAUAGCUCUUCAAUCAACCUAGCCUUUCACAACAGUAGCGUUUUGCUAUCUAUGAUGGCGAUUCAGACCUAAUACGAUAACUUAAGAGCAAACUUCAUCGGCAACCUACAAACUGAACUGCCUGUUCAGCAUCUUAGUAUAGGUUGAAAUCUACACAGAAUAAAAAGGAAGGAAGAGACUCAUUCUCAGAAACCCGACAGACAUAAAAGAGGUUCAUGCUCACAUUUCUUGAGAGAGCAUAGUAAAUGUAUCAGUUUGAAGCAAUGAAAUGAAAAGAUGAAAACAUUCAAUAAUUUCCCUUUACCCUAAAACGAAAAGUGAGAAACAUGACAUUAAUGGAAUAUUGAUUAAAUAGAGAAAAUGAGGCAGUUUACAACUUAUACUAGAACUAAGGAUUAUGUAACAGAUUAUAAUCAUUGCGAAGAAAACCAUGGAUGAUCUUAUGGAAACACAUGUAGAAGAAAAGAAAAUUAGAAAAAAAAAUCUGAUUCACUGAUUAAUCAAUCAGACUUUUCAUCACUGAGUCCUGUGCCAAUGGCAGCAGAUGAAAAAACGAC